AUGGCUGGUCCAGUCACUGUUAACCAACAACGCUCUCCGUCCAUGAGCGAGACUGUGAUGGUACCCUGUGCGCAACCUUCGUUCGAUAUGAACUGCGACCGUAUACCACCAGUCCGCAUCAAGAUUCACACUCGCUUGCCGGCCUGGCGCCAUGAUAUCUAUCUACUCCGAGCCUGCGACACCGAAAUCUUACCCCGAUUUGACGCACUUUGGAAUUCUGUAUCGCAAAUCAAAGCCCCGAGUUACCCCGCGCCAUCGGUGAUACCAAUAGCGACGAUCAUACUUUCAAUUCAGGCCAUUUCGUUUCUUUGCGACAAUACCCAAAGUCAUUAUUAG